AUGGGCAAUGUGUGCAAGUAUCUUUGCUCGCCAUUCGAAGAUCCGGCCCAUUUGGCCUCCUUCGCUUGUGAUGAAAUCACGGAUCUGGAACACGAAGAUGAUGCUAGACAAGAAGAAGUCCUUGUAUCCAAACGAAAACAGAGUCUGCUAACCAUCGACCACGAUACCCGCAGCUACCUGGAUCCCUUUCACACUUAUCCAUCUAGGCUGAGCCGUGAGACCAUCACUCGAAUCCUUCACUACUCCAUUCGAGAAAUGUGGCCGAAACUUUUCCCUGGCAUGAAAUAUAAGGGAAAGACCUUCACCCACGAGUGGAUGAAGUCUUGCCUAAACUGCCCUCCCUUGUUUAGUGCGUGGCUCCACUCAGGUGCAGAGCACAUCAUCAUCCGAGAGAGGGCAUCUGGCGUCCAAACGUCUACUCCGAAGGACAAGUACGAAUUACUUCUGAUGCGACAAGAAGCCAUCGUAGGGUUGAGAAAAGCUGUCGAUGAUGGCUCCCCGACAAUGAUUACGGACCAGAUUGUCAUGGCUGCGUUUGCUAUUGCGUUACAUCCACACGAGCGAGAUAAAGUCCAGCCCUCUCGGACUAAAAUGGCACCUCUAUCCAACCUACAACUUUUAACGCGAUUCACAGACAUCGUGAUAAUUGAUGGACACGUUCGAGGGCUGCGCCAUCUGGUCCAGGCCAGAGGUGGAUUCGAACAGUUACAGAUGCCUGGGCUCCGUGAGGGCUUGUCGAGCUGGGACCUUGUUGUAGCAAGCAAAACACUAACAAGGCCCUUCUGGCCCCUGCAGACGAGAUUAGAGCUCGACAGUGCUGCUGCGUUCUUGGCUUCCUUUGAACACUCCAACGUUGAAACGCGCAACUUACAUGUCGUUCUCUACUCAAAGAUCUCCCAACCCAUGAUCUGGGUAUUUCACUCCCUCCGUGGAUACAGCGCUCUGCUCGAAGGAUAUGCCGAUGGACGUCUUGUCGUACUUGAUCUGGGGUAUACGCUUCAAUUGCGAAAUCUAAUCCACUACCACGUAAUGACCAUUUCCUCUGCAAUUUCGGUCGAAAUCGAAUCAGUUUCAUAUAUUUAUGAGCCAUUUCGACUGGCGCUGAUUAUCUACAGCCUUCUUGUCGUGUUCCCUGUUUCAUUGACAACAAGUCCUUAUGAAAGUUUGGCGUGUCUUCUCCAGGACGAGCUGGAGUUGGUCCCUGACGAGGAGUGGGCAUCAAUGCCAUCACUAUUGAUAUGGAUUUUGACUCUUGGGGGAAUUGCAGCACUCGAUACACCGCAUCGCUUGUGGUUCGUGGAGCGAUUGCAUUUCGAGCUCAGAAAGUUGAACAUCGGCAGUUGGCAAAAGUUUCUACACAUUAUGGAUACCUAUUUAUGGCUAGAAACCCCUUGCGGUAUCGAGGGUAUGAUCGUAUGGAAGGAAGCUCGGCAGUAUGGUCACCAGCCGCUUGUUGAAGACCACAUUGCCCGGGGCUCUGUGUUUGAUAUUCCUGUCCGAGAUUAG